CACGCAUCCGUCUAUCGUCCAGCCUCUGAUCCUGUGACUUCCGACGCCCGCAUGACGGAGCAUUUCAACUGCGCUCCAUUAGGCCAAGGACACUCACUACUCGAUCCUACCUAGCACUGCUGCUACUACUACUCACUGCUGCAUUUCCAAGAGCCGCAUUGCUAGGCACCCGCCGCUGCCUUGUUCUCCAACUAACCCCACACGCCAAACUCGCCGUUCCGCGCGCUGAGAGGGAGACGGUUCCAGCUUCCUACAACACUCAAAACGCUCUCCAGACACCGCGCGCGGCCAGCCCAGCAAGCAAAUCACUCGUCCCCGGUUUGUGUGGGAAUCGGUUCGUUUCGUUUCGUAGAGAGAGAGAAAGAAAGAGAGAGAGAGAGAGAGAGAGAGAGAGAGAGACUCUUGCGUUCUUUGGAGCUCAGCAGCGAUGGGCCUGGCUUACAAUACAUAUCUCACCAGCAACAAGAUCUAUGGUUGCAAGACAUGCAAGGCUCACUUAGCGAACCACGAGGACAUCAUCUCUCGGAACUUUCGUGGGCAGCAUGGCAAAGCGUACCUGUUCCAUCGAGUCGUCAACAUUGACACGGGCGAUCCAAAUGAGCGAAAUAUGACUACUGGCCGACACAUUGUUCGUGACAUCGCCUGCCAUCAGUGCAAAGAAACGGUGGGUUGGAAGUAUGACAAGGCUUUUGAGACCUCUGAAAAGUACAAGGAGGGAAAAUUCAUCCUCGAAGCCGAACUGCUAUGUAAUGUUGCUUAACCGGGUCUGCGCUUUUUGAUUUACUAUACGUGCGAUUCACUUGAAAUUUGGUAGUUUGUUUUUUAGGCGUUGAGCAUCUAGUUUCAGAGAGAAGCAAUUUCUUUUUUGUUUCCUUCCUUUUAUUUUGGGGGCUGGAGUGAUGGUUUAAAGGGUCAAAUUUUAGACAAAGCAUCAGUUAUUACUUGAGAUCCUUUAUCAAAUCACCUAUAA